UUUCCACUUCAAUACGACACACAAAUCAAUACCGGAUUUCCUGAUCGACGAUAUGACUCGUGGUAACCAGAGGGAGAAGGAUCGUGAACGAGCCAAUGCUCGUAACGGAGGUAAGGGGAAGACCAAAGACGAUGGAUUGACUCCUGAACAACGACGUGAAAGGGAUGCAAAAGCCCUCCAAGAAAAGACCGCCAAGAAGGCGGCACAGGCUGCUGGGAGCGGUGAUGCGGGAGGUAAAAACACCAAGAAAUAACGGAGUAACUUUUUGAUUGACUUCUUUUUCUUAGUGAUUGUAUCGUGGAUAAAUUCCAGUAUCAUAUACCCUUUGGCUGUGGCUUUAUGUUACUUUGCCUUUCUAUAUUGACAUUAUGAAAAGAUUUAUGCUUUUGUUGACAUUUUGCUUUCAGCUUGUGCUUCAGUUCCUAUUUGAAUCAGAAGUAAACCUUUUCUCUCA